CCCUAAACGGGCAAAAGAAGAAUCCAGUUCUAAGUCAACGAGUAGAAGACUGAUGGCACUUUCCCAACACCUUCCUUUCAAACUUCUACAAAAAAAAAGGGGGGAUUAAACACCCAUCCAAAAAAAAAAAAAAAACAACGGUGGUUGACAUCUUUUUUGUUCCUGAAAGCAAACCCUGCUUAAGAAACAACACAAUGCUCAUGCUCAUCAAAAUUCAGAGUUGGCUUCAUCAGCCAAAGGCAUGGGAGUACCCCAACCCUCGUUGUUUGGAAGCUCACACAUCAUUUUCUAUUUUGGUAAUCACUUCUGUAUACUCCUUCUUUCUUGAUAAAGAUGUGAAAGAGAAAGCAGAUGCAUAUAGUCUGGUUUCCUCUGUUGCAUUUGAUAUCAUGUCUCUAGGCUUGUCAAGGCUGAGUCAAUUAGGAUUUGGGGUUGAUCUCUUGUAUUUUUUCAGUGGACUUCUGACUGUACAACUCAUGAGAAUAAAACUAUGGUUAGUCAUUGUUGGAGGAGCUUUCAGUUAUUCUCUCAUCCUUCUCCGUUCCAAUUUGGAUCCUCAACGCCGAGAUCAUGCAGUGGUUGCAAUUGGUUCGCAUUCACAACCACAAGGAACCAGUCAUAGAGUUACUCAAGUGGAUUCACCCCAAACAAUUAUCACUGCUACUGGGAAUGCUUCUUCACAACCAUUCUCAGUCAAUGAUAUUGUUUUGCCUUCAACAGGAACAACACGUAGUGCUUUUCAAGUAGUUUCACCUCAAGAGGGUGGUGCUGGUGGUGCACCCCAAGAAAACAUUGAUGAUACUAAGGCAUGCUUCAUGGGUUGUGUAGAGGCUCUUAAGAAGGAGAAUGCGACUGUUAUCAGCACAAUUUCCAUGCAUGUAGACAAAUACCUUAAAGCUAAUAUUCUCAGUGAGGACCAGAUUUCAGUGCCAGAAUUGCAUGGCGACGACAACAUGGUGGUGGAUUCAUUAUCGUCACGAAUGAUCAGCAAACUCCGUGAAAGUGUGGAGAAGAUGGUGUCAGAUGGAUUUGAGGAGGAAUGCUUCCACGUGUACAGUAAUUGGCGGAGGGAAUUUCUGAAAAACAGUCUCUGGACAUUAGGGUUGCGAGAUCAAGAGCAAAACAUGGAGGACGUUAACAAGAUAGAGAAGAUUGAGAGGUUGAUAAAAGCUAUGAACAUAGCUGCGAGGAUACUCUUUCCCAAUGAGAAGAGACUCUACUAUCGUGUCUUUAGCGGCUCCAUUGGGGAGUUUCAUUUCAGGGAACUUUGCACGGAAUUGGCUAAUAGUUUGAUGAACUCUGCGCUUGCCUUGGAAACUUGGUGCCAUUUCAUGCGAAACACAUUGCAGGAGUUGAUACAAGAGUUUGAAUCAUGUACAAGUACAACAGUCAUAAAUAUUGUGGUGCUACUGAUAAGGCAGAGAUUGUACAUUUAUGAGGCUUUGGAAGAUGUAUCAGCCAUUCCCGGUGGCGGGAUUCAUCCUAUUACCCUUGAAGUGAUGUACAACAUUUAUUCUGUUUACAAAAACGGGGAAAUUAGUAAACUUAGCCAAGAUUUAGAGGAGGGAAAGAUUUCACCAUCUGAGUACAGGGUCAGAAUGACAAAGCUGUCUGAGAGUAGUUUGGAAGCUGAGUCCGAAAAUGGUAAUAAGCUUAAAGAGACGUACUACAAUUCUCUUCACAAAAGUAGGAAGAGUAGAUUUAGCCAUGGUUUAGACGAGGGAGUGUUUUCUUCACCUGUGUACUCGGCCAGGAUGAUACAACUUUUAGAGAGUAGUUUAGAAGCCAACUCCAAAAAUUACAAAAACCCGACUUUGUAUUAUGUUUUCAUCAUGAACAACAGGAGAUUCAUUGAAGUAGAGACAAAACUGAAUGGACUGGGACCUAUUUUUGGAGAUGACUGGCUCCACAAAAACACAACAAAACUCCAACAAAACCUUGAACUCUAUCUAAGAAGCUCAUGGAAUAAGAUUGUGGACUUUUUGAAGCUAGACAUCAAUCAACUAGAGCCUAGUGUUGCAGCCGAGGUGAUGAAAGACAACCUUUAUUGGUUCAACGAACACUUUGACGAGACAUGCAACAUUCAGUCUGCAUGGUCUGUCUGUGAUGAGGAGCUAAGGGAGCAAAUAAUAAAAUUCAUAGAAAACAUGCUCUUGCCAGCAUAUGGAAGUUUCCUUGGGAGAUUUGAGGAAUUUGUUGGGAAGCAUGCUUAUAAGUACAUUAAGUAUGGAAUGUUUGAGGUUCAAGAUCGGCUCAACAAAUUAUUUCUUGUAAGGGGGUAGAUGAAUCUGUUGCUGGCAGAGAAGGAAAGGUUAAGCGAGUUAAAUUUAGAGAACAAUAAUUUUAUUAUCUCUGUUUCAAAGGAUUUGUGCCCUGUCUGUAUACCACUCUGUUUCAAACACAAUCACAAAUGUCUUUCAUUUUUUUUAUUUUGUUUUCAUGUUUUAGAUUGGCUUCGUUCAAAUUUAAGUUUGGAUAUAUUUUUGUAAUUCUAUGCCUGAAGAGAAGGAAAUAAUACCUUUGUUUGGGAAAAUUUAGUAUACAGGCUUAACCAAUCUAUGGAUACUAACAGCUUUUAUGUCAACUGUCAUUGGUCUUCUCUGUUGUGCAAUGAAUUUUUUGUUUUUUUUUU